GCAGAGACAUGUGUGUCCUACAGGCGGCGCCAGAACGAGCUGCAGGGCAUUAUGGGGCGGAGAUGGAAUUCUAGUACACACACAGACGACGGCAAAGCAAGGCUAGUGCGAGACCUGUAUCACACCUGCGAGCACACAUAGAUAUCGAUUAAAAGCACACGAACAAGCCAAGGUGUCCUGCAGACGGGAAUCGGCUCUCGGAGUUUGGUGUCAUGGCCCAAAAUGAUUUGAUGAGCAACGCGGAGGACGUGGCGGAUCGGUUCCUUCGAGUGACGAAGCAGUACCUGCCCCACAUAGCACGUCUGUGUCUGAUUAGCACCUUCCUGGAGGACGGCAUUCGCAUGUGGUUCCAGUGGAGCGAGCAGAAAGAAUAUAUUGAGACGACGUGGGGAUGUGGCGUCUUCCUGGCCACACUGUUUGUUUUAAUCAACUUACUCGGACAGCUGGGUGGCUGUAUACUGAUCCUGAGCAGGAAUUUUGUGCAGUAUGCCUGCUUUGGAUUAUUUGGUCUCAUCGCCUUACAGACUGUUGCCUAUAGCAUUCUCUGGGACCCGAAGUUUUUGAUGAGGAAUCUGGCUCUGGGGGGAGGUCUGCUGCUGCUGCUCGCGGAGUCACGCUCUGAGGGCAGGAGUAUGUUUGCUGGGGUUCCCACCAUGAGAGAGAGCUCUCCUAAACAGUACAUGCAGCUGGGUGGCAGAGUCCUGCUGGUGCUUAUGUUUAUGACGCUGCUGCACUUUGAUACAAGCUUCCUCUCGAUCUUGCAGAAUCUGGUGGGCACAGCACUUAUUGUUCUGGUAGCGAUCGGUUUCAAGACUAAACUAGCCGCCCUAACCCUGGUCAUCUGGCUACUGGCAAUCAACGUGUACUUUAAUGCUUUCUGGACCAUACCAGCCUACAAGCCCAUGCACGACUUCCUCAAGUACGACUUCUUCCAGACCACGUCGGUGAUCGGAGGCCUUCUGCUGGUAGUAGCACUAGGUCCAGGAGGAGUGUCCAUGGAUGAGAAGAAGAAAGACUGGUGAGACGGGACUGAACUCAAACGGCUCACUCGCUCACUCAGUAGUUUGCCCUUUGGCAACAGUUUUCACACAGAGCAGGUACACUACUUAGGGAGGAAAGAGCCAAUUGAGAGGUGGCCUCACAAACACCCCAGGACCAACAGAACGACCCGCUCUCCACAUCUCAUGCACUGUCUGUGUGUUCAUCUUGCGUGCUUACUGAAUUAUUUUCACCAGCACUUUUAGACAUAUUAGUUAAUCAUAUUUAUUUUCUAAGUUUCGGGUCAGAUUCUGUUAUUUGAGAACCCCACUGAAAAUCUGAAGCAUCCGUGUUAUAAAAGCUGCAACCAUGUUGAAAGAAUAACAAAUUUAUCUCCUUUGCCAUCUUUCUCUGCCUUUUUAUUUCGGUGCCAAUUGCAAAUCAGCAAACCAAAGACAAAUCCUUAAGAUAUAUAGAUCAUUCUGCUUUAAAGUUCAAGCCACAUAAUUGAUCGCAAAAUUAAUUUGAAGUAAAAUGGAAAGUAAUUUUGUUUUUUUAAGUCAGUCAUUUUCUAUGUGCUGCCUCUGGGCUGGAUUUCAGCUGAUAUUGUUGCGGUGUUGAAAACUUUUGCAAACUUAAUGUGUCUUAAAUGUGUCAAUCUCUCCCCGUCAAAAGGCUAAACAAGUUCAAGAAGGCUUUGCAAAGAGAGAUUCUUAUUCGUGAAUAUUUUCUGCCAUUUUAAAGUAAUUAAAUGUAAGGGCAAAAAAAGUUUAAUGGCCAUUAUGAAGAGCGUUCCAUUCGGAAGAUUCACUGGCUUCUCAUGUCUGUGUAAGAAGCUGUUCGUUUAUUAGCGUGUUCGCUGUCUAUCGUCAGGUCACUUUGAAGUUUACAAAAAGUGAAUUCUAGUGUUUCUCCAAACAAGCAGAGAGUGAGAUGCCAAUAUUAUCAGUGUUUAUCCUCUUUGUACAAAAAAAAA